CUCACCCUGCUUGAAAAUCUGGUGAAGCCCCCUCCCAACUCCCUUCGCUCCCCGUUAUACCGUGCUCUCGACCGUCUCGAUUUUCCUAGUGCCCGCCCAAAACAUCGUCGUCUUGGGGGACAUGAUAUGGCAUGGCCAGCCCGCCCUCUCUCAGGUUCCGCCCGCCUCGAAGCCGCCCGCCAGCGCCCCUGCCCGCGCCCAUGGCCUCCCGCUCGUGUCUCUCGCCAUCCGCAAUUUCACUGUCUCCCCCCGAUCUCCCCCUCCUGGCUCGGGCAGCGGGCAGCGGGCUCACCUGCAGUCGGCGCCGUGAGGUUGCCUCAGGCACAAAGGCGCGCCUGCACCAUGACUAGUAAGAUUUCCAAUCCACCGCCAUUCAAGGUUGGGUUUAGCGCCAGAUUCUCUUUUGUCCUGUCUCGUCCGUCGGUCUCUGUGGGCUUCCCUCCCGUCCCAGUCCCCCCCCUCCGUCGCGGCCCUGCCCAGCCAAAACCAGCGCAAGCCCAGCACCUACGCACCUUCGUUAGCACGCAGCACCGCACCGGCACGCACUGAACACCCACCAGUGGCCCAGUGGCCGCUGCCACUCACUGCCACUUGCUGCCGCUGCUACAUUGUACUGCUGUUGCGACCGCUGG